AUGGCCUUGACGGAUCGCGAUGCCCUGGUUGCCCUGUUUCGUUCGACCGGUGGCGCUAGUUGGGACAAGAAGGACAACUGGGACACAGCCGCUGAGAUUGCGACAUGGUCUGGAGUCCAAGUCAACGACGAGGGCCGUGUGGUGAAGCUGCGCCUCAAGAGCAACAACCUCCGAGGACCCAUCCCGCCGCAGCUAGGGAAUCUGAGCUUCUUGGAGAGCCUCGAUCUCGGUAUCAACAAGUUAGGUGGACACAUCCCCAAGGAGCUUGGAGCUCUAACUAUACUGGAGCAGCUUUGGCUGGAACGAAAUCAGCUAACCGGCCCCAUUCCACGGGAGGUGGGAAAUCUCAGAGAGCUUAAGGCGCUGUGGCUCAGCGGCAACCGGCUCACAGGUGCGAUUCCGGCGCAGCACGGUGCUCUGAGCGAGCUAUCCUGCCUCAACCUGUCGAAAACCCAGCUCAGCGGGCCAAUACUCAAAGAGCUGGGUGCUCUAACCAAGCUGACGUCCCUGUUUCUGCGGAGCAACAAGCUCACUGGUCCCAUCCCGCCGGAGCUGGGAAAGCUCGCAGCACUGGAGAGCCUCGACCUUACGGGCAACCAGCUGACUGGUGCGAUCCCGGCGCAGCUCGGCGACCUCAACAAGCUAACCGCGCUCAACCUUUCGAACAACCAGCUCAGCGGUCCUAUCCCCCCGGAGGUAGGGAAGCUUGGAGCGGUUAAGCAGCUGGACCUUUGGGGCAACAAACUAAGUGGACCGAUACCCAAGGAACUGGGAGCUUUAACCAAGCUGGCGUCCCUGUUUCUUCGCAGCAACAAGUUCACUGACCCCAUCCCACCGGAGAUGGGAAACCUGUCAGCGCUACAGCACCUCGAGCUUCAGAACAAUCAGCUGAGCGGCCCCAUCCCAUCGGAGGUGGGAAAUCUCAGAGAGCUGAAGACGCUGUGGCUCAGCGGCAACCAGCUCACAGGUGCGAUCCCGGCGCAGCUCGGCGCUCUGAACGAGCUAACCUGCCUCAACCUGUCGAAAAACCAGCUCAGCGGCGAAAUCCCGGCGUCGCUUGGGCAGGUCUCCAAGCUAGACUCACUCUAUCUCCACCAAAACAAACUCAGCGGAUACAUCCCCAAGGAGCUAGGGUCCCUGAGCAAGCUGGGGGUGCUUAGGCUCAACAACAACGACCUUACGGGGCCAAUACCCAACGAGCUGGGAGCUCUAACCAAGCUGACGUCCCUGUUUCUUGUCUGCAACAAGCUCACUGGUGCGAUCCCCGCUCAGCUCGCCGCUCUCAAGGAGCUUACGCGGCUUCUCCUGUCCGGGAACCAGCUCAGCGGUCCCAUCCCACCGGGGCUGGGAAAGCUACCAUCGUUGACAUGCCUCAAUCUCAGGGAAAACGAACUCAACGGCCCGAUACCUCAUGAGCUGGGGGGGCUCACUGACCUGAAGGUGCUUGGGCUGAGCAAGAACAAACUUACAGGUCCCAUUCCCCCUGAGCUGGGGAACCUUGGUGCUCUGAAAACGCUCGACCUGGGGACCAAUGAACUGACAGGUCUCUGGGAUCACACAUGCAAUGCGGAGGAUGUCGGGCAGGAGAGAGCCAAAAGGAUGUCAGGUGGAACCAUUCCCAGUGAGCUGCGCCGCCUACUUGAAACCUUAGAUGGUGCAGACACGGACCUUGGGGGUAAUCCAUGGGCUGAGCCGCCAGAGUCCAUCGUGACCAAAGGCAUGGAAAGCAUCAGAGGCUAUUUCGAAGACCUGUAUGCUGAACCCUGUCGCGUCCAGCGCCGCAGCGUCAAGGUUGUUCUUGUCGGGCAGGAAGGCGCAGGGAAGACGAGCUUGCGCCAGAGCAUGAAGGCCAAUGAAGCAACUCCCACGGGCGAGUGGAAGGAGGAGAGCACGGUCUUUGCAGACGUGCAACCCAUGGAGCUAGAAGGCUCAUCCGUGCGGGUUUACGAUUGUGCUGGACAGGUCGGCUACACGGGUCUGCUGCAGAUGUUCCUAACGCCACGGUCUGUUUGCGUGCUAGUGUGCAACGUGGAGGCGUUCGAGCAGCGGCUAGGUAGCGAAGCCAAUGGUCAGGUUCAGGAAGACUGUCGCAAGCUCGAAGAAUUGCGCGUUUGCCAUUGGCUGCGAUCCAUCUCUCGCCGCGUGCCUUACAGCGAUGUCAUCCUCGUCGCUACCAAGUGUGACUUGGCGUGCGGGAACGCCGGGGACAUGGGCAAGAGACUGGCGCAUGCCUGUCGAUUGUGGCUUUCGAACUGGGUGCGAAAUGGCAUGCAGCCCGUUCGGUUGGAGCACGGUGUUUGCCUGACGAGCUGCUGCCCGGCAGCAGUUAGCGAGCAUGGCGAGAGUAGCCCUGGGAACCACUAUGCGAAGGGGGGAUGGGGGUGCGACUGGCGGGACCAUAGAGACGAUAGCUCUUCGCCCAGCUUGCUCCACCGGCUCGUCAACAAACUGGAUGGAGGCGGUCUUCGAGGAGCCCAGAUGGUUCUUCCUCGCAGCUGGGAUAUGGCCCUCACUGUUCUGGAAGCUCUCGAGCUUGGAAGAGAUCCCGUGGAGAUGGUAUUGCAGACGCUAGCUGGCGCUGACAGAGAAAACUUGACGGAUACGGCCGAAGCCAACACAGACGUGUAUCAGGGAAUUGCGGUUGAGGACCUCAAUGCCAAAUGGCAGGCAACAGUUGACGGACUUGCGAAGGGAGGGAUCGCAGUCACAAACGCGGACAACGCGUUGGAGGGAGCCCUCUCGAUCAGGAUCCCCAAGCCCUUGCUUAACCACAAGGAUGAAGAGACCUACGAAGGCUUUGUGAAUCUCGGGGACACGGGCGACAAGCAGAUCACCCUCGAGGAUCCCUUGGACAUCGCUUCGUGGUGGAGGCACAAGAACGAGGGUGUUUUGGAACCCAGAUUGGCGUAUUGCAUGUGGCCUGAUGGUCUGUCCGAGUACGUUCUCCCCACUCUUGCAUCAUUGGGCCUCACAUUUCCGCUCGAAAACGAUCCUACUGGGGGCCUGGUAGUCCUGCUACGGCUAAAACCAGACCGCCCGGAGCGCGUGGGCAAAGUGAUCUACACGUUCUGCUUGGAUCAAACACCGGCAUUCAACGCCACGUGGAAGAUUUUCCUCGGUGUACCGCCUGGCGCGAUUGAGAAGGUGUUGACACGGUGCUGCAGUCUUGGGGGCGUUCAAAUAUUCUGGCGGAAUGGGGUGCUUGUGCAUGGCGGCCUGGGUGACGAAGAUGGAUACGGGAUAUUUGCUGCGGUCUUGGAGUACUCGUCCGCCGAGAACGGGCUCACUGCCCAGAUUUUCGGUGAUACCAGCUUUUCAGCUGCGUGGGUGGCGCUUUCGUACGUCAUGUCUGCCGUGAGUUUGAUGCUGCUGGAUUUCCCAGGACUGCGGUGGAGAGGCUCUCUGAAGUGUCCUCAGCAUGGCGACACGAUCCUCCUGACCAACAAGGUGACUCGCGCUGGAGACAAAUUUCUGGCAGGCAGUAGAUGCCAACAGUGCAGUGCCGACACCAGGGCACUUGGAGCCGCAGCUAUCGACCUCGUGCGCAUGGUCAACGUGCGACUGGACCGAGACGUGAUUUUCCGCGAGGUGAAGGAGAGGUUUGUCGAGCUGGAGGGUCAGUACGUGUUCCCUUCCCCGGUGGGUAGCUCCAAGGAGGAGGACUUACUGAUUCGAAAGAUCAACGAAGUGACCAUAGCCGUAAACGGAGGGUUUGCCGAGACCAAGGCCGGGUUGGGCGAGGUGAAGGGCGAAAUAGAGAGAGGAGCUGACGAGACCAAGGCCGAGUGGGGUGUCGUGAAGGGCGAAGUAGAGAGAGGGGUCGACGAGAUUAAGGCCGGCUUGGGUGACGUGCAACACGAGGUGAUGGGGGGGUUGAGCAAGCUGAAGGGAAGGCUGGAUACCGUGCUCGAGACCACCCAGGAAAGCCUCAUGCGUCUCAAGAACUUGCAGGCUCCGAAUUACCUUUACCCGGGCCUUGUGGCCGUGGAGGAAACUGGAGCUGACGGCACUCCGUCGGGGGCUCGUGGGAUGAAGAGCAUGCUGCACAAGGUUCGUGGCGUGGGGAAGGACAUGACGCUGCACUUCUUGUGCCCGGUCGACAUGACCAAGGUGCCGUGCGGCUAUGGCGGUAAAGGCUAUCGGUUUCGGGAGACACGUGGCUGGGUCAAGAAGAUAUCGCCUGUGCUGCAGGUGGCAUUGGUGACGGCCAAGGUGGCGCUCAAAGCAACGUCAGGACUGGACGUUGAUCUCUCGGAUUUCCUGAAGGACGUGAAGGACGGGUUGGUCGGUGAGCUGGUCGACCCAACCCUCGACGAGGAUGCGCUGCUUCGGAUUGUCUCGGGUGAGGAGGAUGUCGGCGCCGACAUGCGAAAGGAUACAAGGGCCUCGUAUGAAGCGCUGAAGAAGUUCAUGGACAAGGAGCAAAUGGACAGGCUCAAGAACGCCAGGGAUGGUGAUGGCUACGUAGACUUCAGGGACAAGAUGAAGCGUGUAGCGGACGGGAGAGGGGGGAUGGUGUGGAUUCGAAAUGAAAACGUUCAACAGUGGACGGACUCGCGUUCGAAUGCGGCCUUAUCAAGUUAGAUGCUGGGGUAGUAAAUAAUGCAUCAGUGUGCACGGCUUACCAUCCACAACUUUCGUAGCCCAUUUGUGUUGCGAGACCUGGUAAGAAGGGGAGGUGCGGACCAGAAUGCCGUGAAGCAUUUGCUGAAAACCAAGGAGGGGGGAACUGGCGAAGGCCUCGGCCUUACGUCUGCUGUCAUAGCGAACUACGUUCGAGGCAGACCGAAGCGUACAGAAGUGGAUGCUAACGUUCUCAAGGAGCGGGAGUGGUUGAUGCCAAGGAGCGGGAGUGGUCGAUGCCGAUAGAGGCCACCUCGUUGUCCGCAGCUACUACAACACGUUUUCGAUUUUGUGUCUGUCCGCUCUUCGGUGAGUCUCUCAGGUAUCUGAAGUUAGCGUCAGUUGUUUUUCUAUUACGUCAUGCAGAUUUUCCAUGUGACUGGAGUGGAAAGCAC